CCUACGCCAAACCAACAAGCACAUUAUCGUGCAUACAGAAAGCGAAUAGACACGGCAGGGGGGUGGAGCAAGUCCGCAAGCACAUCAAACCAACACGGCGCAGACACAGCUGGAGAGAGGACUACAAAGCAAUUCAUAACACGAGAAAAAGGAAGAAAAGAAAGGAAACGAAAGGGAAACUCCAACGGAAAAAGAAACGAAACGAUAUAAAAAGACGCCACGCCACAGCAGCAGCAAUGGCUCGCCGACGCUGGUGGGCUUCCACGCCUCUCCUCGUCCUCUCGCUCCUCACUCCAGCUGCCGUCGCCACGGUCUUUCCCGACUUCUCCUUCUACCCAUCCGGCGCGCAGCCGUGUCUCAACCAGGCCGGCGCCACAUCCGAGUGCAGCGGCGCAACCGUUGCAGACCUGAAUAACUGCCUAUGCGGCAACGUCAACAACUUCAUCAUCCUGGCAGCUACGUGCAUUGGCAAGAAUGAUUCGAGCGAUACGGUGUCAGUGUAUCAGACGCUGGUGUCUGCGUGCGCGACCUCCAACACGCCGCUGGUGAUUGCGCCGAACCAGUUCUACGCGGCGGCAAGUGGGAAGCCCUGGACGACAACGAUAACAACGACAACGACAGCAGCAGCUUCGACUACAACGACGGCGGCGACGACGACAACUGAUGCCUCGACAACGACGAGUACAACGACGAGCUCGAGCUCGAGCACAGCCUCUGCCGUGCCCGCCGGGAGUCUGUCGACGGGAGCCACCAUCGCCAUCGCCCUCGGCGCGUCCUUUGGCGGCGUCGGCGCCAUCGCCGGCCUCGUCUACUUCCUCCUGCGACGGUCCAAGCAGCAGGGCGAGGAGUUCCACCCGAUGCUGCCCCACGGCGAGGACGGCCGCCAAGGCAUGCCGCUGGCCAUCUCAGCAAACGACCCCAUGCUGCAGCCGACGGUCUCGCCCGGGACAACGGGCGGCAGCUUCUCCUCCGAGGUGAAGCAUGCCUCGUGGGUGUCGCCGCUGCAGAGCCCGGAUCCGUACCGCUACUCGGCGGCGUCGGUGUAUGAUCCGAAUCAGGGGGUAUAUCAGGGGCCGUACGCGCCGCCAGGGCCGAUCGUGGAGCUGCCGCCGGAUAGUAAUCUUAAUGCUAGUCAUAAUACGGAGGGCAUGGUGUUUGAGAUAGACGGCCGCUCUCUUCAUCAACAUCCUCCUCCGACGAUGCUGGCUGAGGUGCCGGGAGAUGUUCCGUCUGUGCCACGACCGGGAGGGAGGUGACGGCCGCGAAAGGAGAUGAGCUAAAAAAAAGGAAUGAGCUUUGCUUAAUUUAAUUAUAUUCUUUUCUCUGAACUGUAUUUUACUCGUUCAACCUCCAUUCUCAGCUGGGAGUCAUGAUUGUUUGAUUGGAUCGGAUACUCUUUUUUUCUUCUCCUAUCUGCGAGGGAGAGGCCAUUUCAUUUUAUUUCAUCACGGGGGAAUAUCCGGCCGAUACAAAAAUGGGCUGGAGGCGUUUUGUAUUUCAUCUGUUUAUACAUUUACUUCUAUUUUGGCAUAUCGGUGAUUUGUGCAUUGCAUUGCAUGGGAUUAGCCUGGUUCGGUCUUUGAUUUUGCGAUGAUUUGGUGGAAGUGAAAGAGAACAUGCAUAAAUAAA